AUGGCGCCAACCAAGAAGGAUGCCACCAAGGCGAAAGAGGCCAAGCUCAGUCCGCAAGAGCAGGCUACGACCAUUCUGAACUACUUGCGUAAGACCAACCGGCCAUACAGCGCUACCGACAUCAGCGCCAACCUCAAGAACCGGGUCACGAAAACUGCCGCCCAGAAGCUUCUCAAGGAUAUGGAAGAGCGCAAGGAUAUUGCCGGAGCUGCUAGUGGGAAGCAGCAGGUAUACCACGCCUUGCAGGUGAGUUUCCGCCACCUCUCCAGCCGUUAGUGUUGCUAAGAGUGGGUGCAGCCCGAACUCGAAGAAGACCAAGUCGAGCAGCUUAGGGAAAUCGACACCGGCAUCGCUCGCCUCCGCGAAGAAACCAACGCAUUGAAAUCCGAGGAGAAAGAACUCCGCGAGACUCUUCGCAAGAGCACCACGCAAAUUCCACUCCCGCAGCUCAAGUCCGAAGUUGCUGGACUAGAGAGCCAGAAGCACGACAUCGAGACUCGGCUCACCAAGCUCAAGGGUGGAAACCUGAAACCCAUCAGCGCCGAGGAAAAGGCAAAAGUGAACGACUUCUACCGCCGAGCUCAGAAGUCUCUGGAUGCACGCAAGAAGAUUCGCUUGGAGUUGUUCAAGACCGUCGAAGAGAGUGUGGGCAAGGAGAAGGGUGUUGAGGUGAAAGAUGAGCUUGGCCUGGAGUUCUGA